UGAAGAAUACUGCCCUACAGAAUCCCCAAAUUUAUCCUUGCGAUGAUAGCUCAUGGGACACAUGCAACGAUGGCUAAAGAAAUUUGAAAAGCAGCCGAUUGGAUGAAGAUUUGCCAUUUAUUAGAGACAUUGGACUUCAUAGACUUGUAAUUUGGACAUGCAUUGACGUGAUGCGUGCGAUGAGUCAUGACGCAGGUAGAGGGGAUCAUGGCGAUCGUGUGUUCGGGACAUCAGGGGCACGGUGACUGAUCCGUCGUGGAAAUUAAAGUGACUCUUCGUGUUGGAUUGGUUUAAAUCGUAUAAAAUAUUGAGAAGAACUAGCUUCUGCUAACUAGAGGUUGGAAAAAUGAGCUUUUUUAGCAAAGUGUUUGGCGGUAAGAAGGAGCCCACUGCUCCUUCAACGGCCGAGGCGAUCCAGAAACUCAGGGAGACCGAAGAAAUGCUAAUGAAAAAACAAGAUUUCCUCGAGAAGAAGAUCGACAUUGAAAAACAAACGGCCAGAAAGAACGGAACUGCGAACAAACGAGCUGCGAUUCAGGCACUGAAGAGAAAGAAGCGCUAUGAGAAACAAUUGUUGCAAAUUGAUGGAACGUUGUCGACAAUUGAAAUGCAGAGAGAGGCGCUGGAGGGUGCUAAUACCAACACAGCGGUUCUAACCACCAUGAACAGUGCCGCGGCUGCUCUAAAGGCUGCCCACCAACACAUGGAUGUUGACCAAGUUCACGACAUGAUGGAUGACAUAGCGGAGCAACAAGAUGUUGCACGUGAAAUUUCCGACGCAAUCUCAAACCCGGUUGCCUUUGGCCAAGAUGUGGAUGAAGACGAAUUGGCAAAGGAACUCGAGGAACUCGAACAAGAGGAAUUGGACAAAGAGCUGCUUGGAGUCGGCGGAAUUGGAACUCCUACCGAACUACCAGCCGUUCCUGCUACAUCAGUGCCUGCUGCUCCUGCCAAAGCUCGUUCAAAAGCCAAAGCCGAAGAAGUUGACGACGAUCUAAAGGAAUUGGAAGCGUGGGCCUCGUAAAGAAAUUAGGACCAUACUGUUUUCACAAAGUAGAACACAAAAAUGAUAGCUUUCAACUGGAAACGAGGAGAAAGGUGUUGCGUGCGGGUGAGCCCAAAACGCCAUUAUAAAAUUAUCAUAAUAUAAAAAAAUUAAAACAGGAGAAAGAUUAUAAAUUUAACCAUUCAAGUUCUAAGGUUUGUAGCGUUUCUGUACAUAGGGUUAAUGCUUCAUAAACUAAUGAAUUAUUAUAACUCUUAAUUAUAAAUUGCCUUAUACAUAUUCUUUAUACACAUAAAACUCAAUCCAUUACUAACGGCAAGUAAUCUAAUUAAGUUUAGGUAAGCUUAAUUGGCACAAUUCGUUGAGAUAUCGAUUGUUCAAAAUAAUAAAAAAAAUUUCUAUGAAUAAAGUAACAGGCAAAUGGC